AUGAACGUGCGUUUUAGAAGGAUGAAAAUACUAUUAAAGCAAAUUAUUUUCAAGCCAGUUUUUGAUGAGUUAUAAUAGGAUCAAAAAUUGAUUUAAAUGGGUGUUUAUGGAUUGUUGCUAUAAAAAAUUUAAAUCUAUUUCUCUAAAUACCACAUUUGGAAACAAAUUUAUUGA